AUGGGGAAGACCUUGCCAGUAGAGGAGAUUUUAACCAUAGACAUCAAGCCUAGUUGGAAAAAGGGAACAAAAAUCACAUUCCCUAAGAAAGGGAAUGAACAACCAAACGUUAUUACUACAGACCUUGUAUUCAUAAUCGACGAAAAACCUCAUAGCACGUUCACGAGAGAUGGCAAUGAUCUGAUUGUCGCUCAGAAAAUAUCGCUCACUGAAGCGUUAACAUGA